AUGAAGCCCUCUAACGCGGAAAUUCUGUAUUCAAACCCAAUCGUGCCUGGAUUUGCACCAGACCCCUCGGUUGUCUUCGUUGAUGGUACAUUCUUUCUUUGCACCUCCUCAUUCCAUGUAUUCCCAGGUCUUCCUAUCUACGCUUCCAAGGACCUUAGACAAUGGACGCACAUUGGCAAUGCUCUGCAUACACGCUCACAGCUGAGCCUGCGAGAUGCAAACACGAUACAUAUGCCACUGGAUACAGGCUUCACCAUGGUUGCAACUACGGGCAUCGUUGCUCCUAGUAUACAUCACCAUGAUGGAGUCUUCUAUAUCGUCACCACGAAUCAAACUUUCAACGGUGAAGAUUACGAGAGGCACAAUUUCAUUAUCAAGUGCCACGACAUCUGGAGCAAUAACUGGGGCGACCCUGUCUAUUUCGACUACCAUGGCAUUGACACCAGCCUCUUUUUUCAUGACGACGGCCGGGUUUUUGUGCAGGGAGCUUGGCAUAUCAGAGACGAUAAACAGCCAACCAACACCAUCAAGCAGGUCCAAAUUGGCAUCAACACUGGAGAGUUGCUCUCUGAAACGAUAGAAAUAUGGUCUGGUUGGGCAAAAUACGACACCGAGGGGCCACACAUCUACAAAGUUGGGGAAUAUUUCUACCUCCUGGCCGCAGAGGGUGGAACAUUCGAACAUCACAUGUUGACAAUCGCAAGGUCCAAAGACAUUUGGGGACCCUACGAGUCCUGGGACCAGAAUCCCAUUAUGACGGCUGAUGGCAAGGACGAGUACAUCCAGAAUAUUGGCCACGGCUCACUCUUCCAGGACGGUGAUGGAAGAUGGUGGGCCGCUGUACUUGGAGUCCGAAAGCAGCCGAAUGGUACUCUGGGCCUCGGUCGUGAGUCUUUUCUUUCACCCGUCGACUGGCCAGAAGGGGGAUGGCCCACUGUCCGCCAGCCUAGGAUGAGCUUUAAGAGGGAAGCUGUGCCGUCGCUUGUCCCCCAAAAUCCACUCCAGGCUCCUCCUCAUAUUGAAGAUCUUUACAUUCGAGAUCAUGACGAGAGAAAAUAUCGGUAUCUAGAUGACAAAGAAACCUUACACCUCAUUCCAAGCCGACAUGGACUUGGUUCGGCUAUUGAGAGUCCCACAUUCCUAGGGCGACGCCAGCGCUUCUUGACCGGCACAGGGUCUACGCGCAUCACAGCAGACCAAAGUUUGACUGGGAAUAGUAUCAGAGCAGGCAUCUCUCUGUACAAAGACCCCAUACGCUUUGCCAGCCUAGUCUACGACUUUGACAACACUACUGUUGUGUUUGAAGUUCAUAACUCUGCUACUGGGCUUUUUGGUACUGUCUCUCGCAAGCUGUCCUCGGGAUUAAUCGAAGUUCAACUUCAGAUUACAGCUACACCAUCGCGAUACAGUUUCCAGGUACAGGAGACUCUACGAGAAACUGAAAUCAACAACAAGGGCUGGAUUGAAAUCGGUUCAGUAGAGACUAUAGCACUUGAUGCUAGAGAUUUCACUGGUCCGUUAAUUGGUGUUUUUACUCAGACUCUAUUACAGGAGUCUAAAAUGGAAGCUAUUAUUUUUCAAGAGUUUAAGUUACAAGCUCAGGAAUAA